AUGGAAAAGUCAGGUAUUCAACCGUUCGCUUGCUACACGGACCCAGCUACACUCGGACCGAGAUGGACACGGUGGUUGACAUCUUUCGAGCUGUAUGCGGACGGGAAAGGACUUAUUUUGACAAAUGAUGCCACGGAUGCGAUUAAGCAGCGGAGACGUACUCUUCUACUGCACUUAGCGGGACAGGACGUGCAGGAUGUUUUCUCCACCUUACCACAGACGGGCGAGGCGACGGACUACGCGGCGGCGGUGGCGGCACUCAACACAUAUUUUGUUCCCCAAAGAAAGCUACUUGAGGAAGGUCCAGGUCUAACAUUGGCUCGCACAUUGGAGGUGACGUCGCAAUGUGAACGAGUGGAGGAGCAGCUGGCAGCUAUGAGCAUCACCGGGGAGAAGAAAGAAGGGGACACCGUUUGGAUUAAUGUCGUCCAAAAAGCUGGACCCUCUGUCGGUGCGCGAGCCUUCAGGAGGCGGCGAGGAGCAGAGCGGAGGUUGGAGCCCCGAGCCCCAGGGGAAGAUCUGGAGGAGUUUGACCUGAAGAAGUUCUCAGCUUCAGAGGAGGCUCUUCUGAAGCUGCUGCCGGUGGUCAAAGCCUCCAACAAAGCUGUACUGAGCAGCUGCAACCUGACAGACAGAAGCUGUGAAGAUCUGAACUCAGUCCUCAGCUGUGAGUCCUUCAGUCUGAAACAUCUGGACCUGAGUAACAAUGACCUGAAAGAUUCAGGAGUGAAUCUUCUUUCUGCUGGACUGAAGAGUCCAAACUCUGAACUGGAAACUCUCAGUCUGUCAGGUUGUCUGAUCUCAGAGGAAGGAUGUUCUUCUCUGGUCUCGGCUCUGAGAUUAAACCCCAACCAUCUGAGAAAGCUGGACCUGAGCUACAACCAUCCAGGAGACUCAGGAGAGAAGCUGCUGUCAAUUCUACGACAAGAUCCAGACUACAAACUGGAAACUCUCAGGUUGGAUCAUGGAGGAGCUCACAGACUGAACCCUGCUCGGAACACUUAUUCCUGUAAUCUCACAGUCGACAUGAACACAGUCAACAGAAACCUCAGACUGUCUCACAACAACAGGAAGGUGACACAUGUGGAGGAGCCUCAGUCGUAUCCUGAUCAUCCAGACAGGUUUGAGUUCUGGCCUCAGCUGCUGUGUUCAACUGGUCUGACUGGUCGCUGUUACUGGGAGGUCCAGUGGAUUGGAGUGGUUCAAAUAUCAGUGAGUUACAGAGGAAUCGGAAGGAAAGGACGCAGUGAAGGUAGUCUGUUUGGAUGUAAUGAUCAGUCCUGGAGUCUGAUCUGCUCUGAUGAUGGUUACUCUGUCAGACACAAUAACAUAGAAACACCCAUUAGAUCCUCCUCAGUCUGUCACAGAAUAGGAGUUUAUGUGGAUGUUCCUGCUAGAGUUCUGUCCUUCUACAGUGUCUCCUCUGGUUCUCUGAUCCACCUUCACACCUUCAGCACCACCUUCACUGAACCUCUGUAUCCUGGGUUUGGACUCUGCUCAGGUUCCUCGGUGUUUCUGUGUGAUCUGUAGAUCUGAGAGUUUUAGAAAACAGAAACUCUGCUGAGUGGAGAUCAGCUGCUGGUUCUGUUCAUCUUCAUCUUCUCUGAGCUGUGAAGCAGAUCUGCCUCAAACACCAAACAUUCAUCUGUGUGAUUCCUGAAGUCACCUGAUUUCUGAUUUCAUCAUUUGUCAUCUGUAGAUUCUCAGUCUUCCAGGUCCUGUUAAUCCUCAGUGUUUCAGGAGGAGCAGCUGGACUUCUCUGUUUGAUUCUUGUUUCACCUUCAUCCAAGAGUCUUCCUCAUCUCUAACUGACUGGUGGGGAGUCUCAGGUAUUUAUUGUCAAAGCACAAACAUUUGACUUGCGGUCCUUUAGUGACCCACAACUCACCUGAUGGAGGUGUUAAUGGUGCUGAAACUGCCUGGUGAGGAAUGACAGGAUGCAUUCUAAGUACCUGAUAAGUGGUGUCUUCAGGAAGCAAAAAGAAAAGUCGAGUUUCAUUCAUGUGAAGCACUUGAGGUCAUCAGUUAUUCUAUGAAUCUGUUUCUACUGAACUUUGUGCAUAAAAUAGUCGUAUAGAAACUGAAAAAUUUACAUGUCAAAUAUUGUGUAAUAUUGUGGGUGUCUUGGUUGAUGAAUCAUUAUUCUUAUGAAUCCUUUUUAAAACAUUUACCAGAUUAACCACAUUUGAUUAAAAUCAUUCAAUCAUCAGAAUCAGUGUUCAGCAUUAUUU